AUGCCAUGCCAUGAUGCUUACUGUCUGUACCCCAGCUAUCUAUCCCCCCCUACUAAUCAGCACAAGAUGUGUAUGCAAGGUGGUUCAUCUGCUUCGGAUCCUAUAGAUGAUGCCACGCAGUCAACCAGACAUCUCAUGACGGCUGCAUCCACAGCCCACGCAAACAUAGCACUGCAGGACGUACAAACAUGGAAGAAGAUUAGAUCGGCACUCAUCGGCGAAAGACUUCGGACAAUAUGUCCACCGGGUCAGCAAACCGCACUGGAAUGGGCUGGACUUGCUCUAGGCUCUUCGAUAACCCUGGAUGAGAAGAGCUGUCAGGGUCAGACUCUCGACACGAUGCAACCUUAA